AUGUUUAGAUUGUCACUCCUGGCAUCUCUUUUUGCAAUUGCUUAUAGCUCUAACUUGCCCACAAGUUACAGUACAAAUCAAUCAUACGAAUAUGUUCUUCUAAACGCCGCUGUCUUCGCAACUGACCCAACUCAAUGCGUUGCCAGAGCUACUGGAUCUACAGAUGACUGGACCGUUGUUUCGGCUAGCGGGGUAAAAAAUUUAUCUUUACGAAAUUAUCAGACGUAAAGUCUUGAGAGAAACAAGAAAUAACUCCAUCUUGUUUAUGCCAAAAGAACCAAAAAACACAUUUUAAAAAAUACUGUAAAUUAAUAAUUACCUAGGUAUAUGUUUAUAUUUUUUCAGUUUAUAACUUGCCCAGGUACCAACGAGACCUGUGGCUAUUUGGUAAUACGCUCAGACGCCCUACAGCAAUUCGCUGUUGUCUUCAGAGGUUCAACCGGUAAACUUACUCUUAUCAAUUCCCACGUUUAACAAAAAAACCUUUAAUAAUACCUAGACACAGGUCCUAAACUACACACAUCAAAAAACUAUGUCUAAUCCUAUCUAUGCUACAUUUUACCAAAAACACAUAAAAUACAUUUUUAGGUAACCAAAUCCUGGAUGAAGUCCUCGACACUUUUGACCAAAGAAUAAGUUUCUUCGGCGGAAAAGUUCAAAACUACUUUUACAAUUCGUUUGCUGAUGUGUGGCCAGAUGUACAAACUGCUUUGAGUGACGAAGCUACAAUUGACUAUGACGUGGUUGUAACCGGCUACUCCCUUGGAGGUGCUCAAGCUGCUUUGUGUGCAGCCAAUAUUGUAGAAACUGGCUUGAGAACCGCUGAUCAAGUAAGUUUGUUUCAGCUUAUCAUAUUUCAGUUAAAAAUUACUUUUUAAUAUCCAAAAAGACAAAUCGCUGCAAGAUGUAAUAUUUGCCUAUAUCAGCUACGUGUUAAAAUUAACAAAAUAAAAAAUUUUUGAUUUCAGAUUGUAGUAUGGACCUUCGGAGAACCCCGUGUAGGUAAUGCUGCCUUCUCGGCCCAGUUCGAUGACACUUUCAAGACCGUGUUCAGAGUUGUGAACAAGGCCGACAUGGUUCCACAUCUUCCACCUUGUCUUGCUGAAGGCUUCACAGGAUGUUUCGACUCUGAUCUGGGUUACUAUCACCACAGUACUGAAGUCUGGUACCCUGACGGCAUCUUCAAUCUUACCAGCCCUUACAAGGUAACAAACAAGCCUUUUAUCUUAUAAAGAAAGCGUCGCCAUAUAACAUACUUAUAUUAAAAAUAAUAACCGUCUUGUACUACAUUUGACGUUGAGUAAUGCUGGACUAAUUUUGAAUUUAACAUUUUCAGAUCUGCACUGAAAGUCCAGAAGACCCAACUUGCUCCAACAGUUUAGUCAUCGGCUACACUUUUGAGAAUCACGUUGGAGCAGAAGGAUACUUCCAACUAGACCUCCAAGCAUACGGAGAAGCUAACUGUCAAUCAUGA